AUGGCUGUGUCCUAUCAUGAUCGAUCAAGAUAUGCAAACCUAGAAGUCGAUACUACUCUUACGUGGCAAGAAGUAACCGAGUAUUCGAGCGACAACAUGACUCUUACAGACGAGCGUUGGAAAGCCCUUAGCGCAGACGACGGCAUAGUUGCCGUGGACCGAGAGUGGGCGGCAAGGGAAGGUCUGCCACCAAGUGAGAAUGUUUUUCCGUGGGACAGCAGCAAACGAAUUUAUCUGUUGAAUGGAUACCACGGGAUUCACUGCCUUGCGCAAUUACAUCUCACCCUUAGGGAAUAUCGUGACGGCCUUCCGCAGAGUCAUUCUUUCGAGCACUCCAAUCAUUGUUUAGACUGGCUUCGUGGCGAUAUCAUGUGUCGUGCUGACGAUACGCCGCUCUACACGACGCGAUCCAUGGUUUCCGCGAACGGUAUCGGCCAGAGUCGCCAGUGCAGAGACUGGGGCAAAUUGGAAUCGUGGGCAAGAACCCACCAUUCAUGCUACCGAUACGGCGAUUUUGUGGUCGAAGAUAAACUUCCAUCGCAGAUGGGCAGGUUCAAGUACUGUCCGAACGAUUCUCCAUACCUCCCAGCCGUGAGAAAGUACUUCGGAAAGGGGGAUGACUGGCUCCCGGUCGAUCCCUGA